UGAGAUCCAGAGCAGGACAAGUCUCCAGCCUUCUGGUUUUCAUAACAGUAGCCCCCUCCAGUAGGGCUGAGGCAUGGGAGGAGCUUGCCCAAACUCAAAUAAACACGGACAUGCAGCAUCUUACGAGGAUGUACAGCCUUCGCAGCACAGAGUGCAACAGCUAAAAGGACAAGGACAGCUGAAAACCUCCAACAAGAUGAUCAAAUCCUUCAAGCAAACAUUUCUGUCCCUGGACCUGCAGUCCCCACGGUGGAGCUCAGCAGAGACAAUGGCAAAGGACUAUGAACUGCGUCAAUAUGAGACAGCAAAAUGGGUCAGCACAGUAAUUAGGGGGGAAACCCAGAAGGAAGCAAUGCGCCAGGGCUUCUGGAAACUCUUCCACUACAUCCAGGGAAAGAAUGAAAAAGAAAUGAAGAUUGACAUGACUGUGCCAGUGACCUGCCUGGUAAAAUCUGGCUGCACAGACUUCAAGAUCUCUUUCUUUGUGCCAUWUGAACACCAGGACUCCCCACCCCAGCCCACAGACUCCGAUGUGUUCAUUGAGGAACGGAAGGCAGCAGCUCUUUUUGUCCGGUCCUUUGGUGGAUUUGCCUCUCCAGAGAAAUAUGCUGAAGAAGCCGAAGCCUUGGCUAGAACCUUAAGAAACAGAGGCCAACCAUUCCACGAAGACUUCUUCUAUACUGCAGGCUAUGACAGUCCCUUCAAGCUCUUUAACAGGCACAACGAAGUAUGGUAUUUUAAGAAAUAAAAUGAAUGGGGGGGAAUAUGAAGAGGCUACUAAUCAGCUCUGGAGGAAAACAGUUAUUAAUGGCUUUUGCUUUAGUGCAGAGAUUUAAUUUGCACAUGGACACAAUGUUUAAUUAAUUUUCUCUACAAUGAAACACUAUUCUGGCUAAAAACAGUGUGAAAUGUAAUUCAAGAUUGUGUUGGGUGCAGUGGGAGAUAUAACAAACUUACUCCUCAUAUUGUAAGGUUCUAGGCAAUGCGAAUAUUCUGACAAUACCGCUGAACAGUUUGGAUAUCCAGCUUUACUUCUCAUUACAAGUGCUACAGCACUAGUUGUAGUGUUAUGGAAAGGGAAGUUCUUCACAGAGCUGACUUUCUCACAUUAACAUCACCCCUACGACAAGGGAGGAAUCAAAUUUUAUAAAGAAAGCUUCCAUCAAUGAGCAUUAGGAAGAUGAUGCAUCUUAGCAGGCCAUAGUCAUUUUACCAAAAUCUCCCACUUCUACACUGAGCUCUUUUCCCUCAUCAAGGCCAAAUGUUGUGUUGCUCAAAUCCAGAACCCCCUGGCAAAGAGUUACCAAGACCAGGCUGCACACUUGUUCUGAGAAGAUCUGCACCUGAACACGCAAUACYAGGAUUGCUGGUGGCCUAUUAUUUUAGUCACAAAUAUACAAGUAGUAAAUUUAGCUCUCACCUGAAACACUUGAACUGCUCCUUAAAUUACUUUGUCCAAAUAUGGGUAUUGGUCAGGUCACCUACAGCCUGCACACCAGCAGUAUUUGCCAUCUCAGUUAAGACACUUGCAGGACUAGCCUUUGACCUAGUUUAGUCCUUUCCCUAAAUCAAGCAUUUAAAAUUUUAAUACAGUAGCCUGGAGCUGUUUUAC